AUGCCCUCCCUCGCCCUGACCAACCCGGACAUGAUCCUGCCGAAUGACGGCGAAAGACAAUCCUCCACGCCCUCGCCGCCGUCGCUAGCUUACCUGUCGAGUCUGAACAACUACAAUCAUAAUGCAGGACCAAGUAUGGCCGCGCAGCCGUCCGCUCGGUCCAAGAAGUCCUUCUCGCGGCCCGGCUGGACGCACGAAGAAUUAAGAGACAGUCGCCGGUUGUCGGAUAUUGGGGAGGAGCUGUCGCCCGCGCGCUUGGGCGGGUUCGCUGAUAUAGAUGACUCGGAUGCGGAGCAGCAGCAGGGUCUGGACUGGUCGCCGGUGAUUCGCGAGCAAUGGGAUCAAAGGAAUGAUAGUGCGGCCAGCAGUUCCAGUUCCACGGUCAGUGCUGGAAGCAGACGGGCCUUGCGGGAGCAGACUUCGACGCCGCAGAACCAUACGGUCAGAAGUAGCAGCCCGGAGAAACCGAGGAGCGAAGAUGUUGUUUAUCUAUCGACUGCUGCUCCCGCGGAAGCAAAGCCGUCCGGGGACGAUGGUUCGUCGGCGAUCCUGAGCAGCGAGGCGGAGAGGAUUCUCGAGAAUGCGAAGAAGCGAUUGACGCUCAUGGAGGGCAACCUUAACCGGGCUCGCUCGUCAGUGUCAGUGCGAAUGACUCCAUCGCCAUCACCGUCUGCUGCUGGUGGCUCGGCGUCGCUGGGAACGCAUUCGCCAGGUGGGCUGUACCGGUCGAUAUCUCGCACAGAUCGCAAGAGUUCCUCUCUCCGGCGUCAAUCGCAGGUUCCCGGACAGGACACAUCGAACAAUCGACACUCCCGGGUGCAUAGCGAGACCAACUUUCCGUCCGAGUCCACUCUGGCGCCCGACUCCAAACGUUUGUCUCGAUCUGUGAGCGCAAUGGGUGCAAGCAGUUCGACUCUGCACAACGAUGAGAGAACUUUCCAGUACGAUCCUAAACGGGCGUACUUGACGCAUCGGGCGUCUAUCUCGUCUAUGUCUAAGCCGCACUCAACGGGCAAGCGGUCUACACAAUCACCGCAGUCCCUCGACUCUCACGAAGAAGACAGCCAAUCGGAUUCUCCAAAGGGGUUGGGCAUCUCUGGAGAAUCCGAGUCCAGCCCAGCCGAUUUUAGUCCUGUCUACAGCGCGCAUGGCCCUCCCAGUCGCGCGCAGUCCCAGCUGCAGGUGCGCGACCUACAGUACCACAUGAAGGGUCUUCAUAUCAAAAUCUCCUCGCUGAAAGUCAAGGCUCAGGAGGACAAUCUCCGCCGACGCAGUCUGCAAAGCCUGCGUACACCCAGCCCCCUGUCAGCAGCGGACCAUUGGUAUGCGAAUGCGUUGGAACUGCACGAUGGACGCAACAGUCGGGGCUCAACAGCCCGCCGCGGUGUCAGCUCGGAAUACGCUCGUGAGCAGACUUCAGAGCACGAAACGGCCCGGAGCAAGAAUUAUCACGUCGAAUCCGAGAGAGAACAACGCCGGCCCGUCGAGCAAGCCACGCUGAAUCUCGCCAGGCAAACGGGCUCAGACUUGCAGUCGCCGUCAGCCGGUGACUAUGAGGAAGCACGGGCUCGCUCGGUCGCCGAGAGCAUGUACGAAGAUGCAGAGGAGGGUGAGUUCGACGACGAGGACAUCGACCGGGCAGCCUUGGAUGAGAUCUUGCGCGAACCGCUGGACGAGGACCUGGAGAGUCCUCUGGAAACGCCUUCUCUGGAUGCAUUCCCGGAUGUGCCUCAUCACUUCACGGACGAGACACCGCACGAGGAGCGCGAAGACGCGUUUGACUAUGAGCAUUUCAUCCUCCACAGUGCCCUGGGCAACUAUACGCGCCAGCUGCGACCGGUUAGCACUGCCUCCUCGGCCGCGUCGGGAGAGACGACACGGCCGACGCAGUCAGUGCACUCGCCGCGCUCCUCGAGCGCCAUGUCGGACUCGACUGUUGCGACCUUCGCAACCGCCACAGAAGGCGAGAAUUUUACAGACGACGAGGACGAGCUGGACGGCGUGAUGUACUGGGAUCGACGCUUCAACCACGAACUGCGCACUGGACGUGUACACAGCCACCACGACCCCAAUGUCAUCCCGGAGACCGAUCGAUCCGAGACGCCUCGGGCCGACCGCGACGACCAGGCGACUCCAGUAGAAGGCCAGCCCUCGACACCCCGCGCGCAGCGGGACGGUGGCACCGACCGACCAUCGUCGGCGGCUACAGCGACGCCGACUCAACUCGCGUCGUCGCUCGUGUCGACUGUGCGGGCUGCGUCGUCGACGCCCAGCUCGGGCGGGAUUAACGAGGACGACACGCAGAUGCUGGAGCAGCUGUUCCAGAGCCUGGGGGAUGUGUGCUCUGAGUUGCAGGCCAUCAUGGGCUCGGAGGAUCCAGAUAUGAAGGCAGCACGGGUGCUGCGACGCCGGCUGGACGCGGCGAGACGAGUGUUAGAUGGAGAGCUGGAUGCGUGA